AUGCCGCGCGAGAUCGCUGACUCGGACGAUGAGUCCGAUCUCAAUUCGCCCAUCAAGCAACUCGAAGAUGCCCAGGUAGUUGUAGGAGAUGCAGGCCCUAGUCAGGCUUCGCUUUCCGGCUACGACUUUGACCAAUUUCUGGCUCCCACUCAAAGGCUUUCGUCUCUGUCACCAAUUCAGGACAGACCUGAUAUGCGGCUUCGGAGCUCUAUAAGCCAUUUGGACGGCACAUCUGAAGGUGCCCAUGCCACCACCACACGGCAGAGAAAGCGGGCCCAUAGUGCUCUGGAGGAGACUUCACACGAGCUAGUACAGGGCGGCGGCAAUGUCAAAGAUUCUGCGUCAAAGAAGACCAAAGUCUACGGACACCCGUCUAGGGCUCGCACAGUCCAUGACAUUGAUUUGUUUGCGGCCGCUGGGGAGUCUUCUACUGGACUACAAGAUACAGAUUCGCUUGCUGCAGAUGAACAUGUGUCUGCGCAGCCGACAUCAGACCAAGCCCAGGGAACAAUCGUUACCAAUGGUUCUGCAUCUACCCACCUCACUAUUCCGAGUGGCAUCCUCAGCCUUCUCAAUCAAUCAACGACGGACGAAUCUCAUCGCCUGACGACGUCGGUUGCUUCUAUGGGGCAGUACCAGUGUCUCAACCUUGAUUUUCGUGGCUCAGGCCAAGGUCUGGAUGUCAACAGCAAUCCAUUUGGUGCUUUGAGUCAGGUGUCACUGGACCAGGAUCCGAAUCCUGCAGAGACGGAACGCUUUGCAAGCAUGUUCCGGCCUAUCGAGGAUGAACAGAACGUGGAGCUUCUGGAGCGGAACCCGGCUGAUUCUGAAGGUACAUUGCCAAAUCACAUCCUGUCCGAGGUGUUGCAGAUAGCGCCCGACCAGGCCUUGACAGUUGAUCUUGCUCGGAUUGUGCAAAACGAUGGAGCCGCAUCUGACAUUGCACCGGCUGAAAAUCAUCCUACUCCGGCUGUGGCAAUGGCCGAUUCUGAUAUGCCUGCGCGCUCGAAAGCUGUGAUGGCGGAACAGGAGAAACCUCCACCGAAAAAGCGCGGCCGCAAACCGAAGAAUGCAAAGGUUGCUUCACUGUCCCCAGCACCCGGAGUGGCCGAUGAUGUGGACGAACUUGCGCUGACGAAUCAUCUGUCGCCUCCCUCUCGAGCUAGACGGGGGACCGUGGAAUCAGUAGACGAGGAUCAGCAGAGCUUCCCUCCUCCAGAGACGUCGCCUGCGAAGCUACCGACAAGUGAAGUCGAGGAGGCUUUGAUUGGGUUGCCAAGGGAGCAAUACAAGCCACGACCAAGUCGCUCUCGAUCGAAGAGAGUCAUUGACGAGGACGAGGCUUUGAUGCCUCCGCCAGUUUCAGUGCCUGCUCAAGCGACGCCUGCCAGAGCCAACGCCGUGGACGUUACGGCAGCCAAGGAGCAGACGCCUACUACAACCUCAGCCAAAGCCAGCGGGAAGAAACCGGGGCGCAAAAGCAAGGUAAAGCGUGCCAAGACAUCCGCGGCAGCGUUACUGAAAAAGACCGAUCCAAUGCUCAGCGAAGGUGAGGACGAUGUAGUAUGGAUGGACUCCAAACCGGCUCCGGUCAAGUUAGAUCUUCCCCCUGAUCUCAAGGUGCUGAAGAAGGAAGCGGAUGCGCCAAAGGAAGACCAAGAGGAACAGGAAAAGUCAGACUGUGCGGAGCGAAGCACGACCAGAGAGGAGGGAGAGGCCAAAAUAGUUGUCGCAAUUCCGGCGCCUGUAGAGGCUAAGGACCAUGCAGCAGAGCCUAAGAAACGCGGCCGGAAACCGAAAAAAUCGGCCCAACAAAAGGAAGCAGCAGCCCAGCCAGACAAAGACGAAGCUCAAGACAUAUCAUCCACGACUCGGCCACCGCUUGCCGAGAAGUCGUCCAACAUACCGGUGACAGAGGCGAAUAAGGACGACGAACCCCGGGCGCCCACCAUGUCUCCGAUCACAGACUACGACCCGCAGCCUGCUUUGCAAUCACCGAGGAAGGGGCAAGAGAAAGAAGUUCCAUUGGAGACUUUAGCAGCAGUGGUAACGCCGUCCAAAAAGGAUACGGAAAAGGGGCCAACAAAACAUUCGCCCAUCAACGCCCUCAACCUGUCCAGUGGCAGGAAAGUCACCUACCGCGUCGGCUUGUCGCGCCGCCAGAACAUUCCCAGUCUUUUGCGCAAGGUGCAACGGGACAAGCCACCGCCCACCAUCGUGGUGCGGAAGGAGCCCAAACCGAAGAAAGGGGUCGAGGUGGAUUAUGAUGGUGACGGUGAUGGUGAAGGGCGCUCCGGGCUUGCCACCGGUGAGCUCAGAGGGGAGGAUGGGAUGUUGAUUGAAUGGGGCGAUUGA